AUGGGCACUAUAAACGCUGCCAAUGCUGCCCGCGACCUCCUAUCCAGCUAUGUCAAAAUCCGAUUAUGUCUUGUUGUGGGUAUCAGCGGAGGUGUGCCAUCACCCGAAGUUUCCGGACAUGACGACGAUAUUCGAUUGGGCGAUGUUAUUAUCUGA